AUGUCGUCCACCUCCUAUGGCAGUCCACGAUUGUUGCUGCGCGUCCAGCUUGCGCUUACUUGCAUAUCUAUUGCAGCCAAUGCCUUGUGUGCUGGUGGCAUAUUCACCUUCCCACUCCUUUCGCCCAGUCUUGCUGAGCAUCUCAAGCUCACCCAGCCGCAACUGACGACCAUCGUUCUUGCUGGAAUGAUAGGCCAGUAUCCGUUUGCAGCACUUGUAGGCAAGGCUAUUGAUAGAUAUGGCCCCUGGUCGUGCUCCCUGGCAUCAUCCGUCCUUUUCUCCGUUGGAUUCGGUGCAUUCGCACUCGAAAUUGCCAAGACUCCCGACGACAUCACACUACCCUCGAAUUCAUCAUUUGAACGACUCACGCUCUUCUUCUUUAUGGCAGGCCUGGGAACGGUCACUUCCUACUUCUCAUCGCUAUUUGCUGCCUCGAAGAACUUCCCCGAAUACAUCGGUGUCGCUUCGGGAACCAGCAUGGCUCUCUUCGGGCUAUCUCCGCUCUUUCUGUCACUUCUUGCCUCGACUUUCUUUACCAGCGAUGAAUCCGGACUGAAUGUAAUCAAGUUUGUCUCAUUCAUGGCUAUUCUUGCGGGUAUUGUCCAUAUAAUCGGCGCCAUUAACCUACGAACCCCGGAUUCCCCUUCGAUAGUCUUAACAGAAGCCGAAGAAACUCGACAGGAUGAAGAGAACGUUGCAGUGCGGGAUAAUGAUGAGCGAACGCCGCUCAUACUUAAGAAGGCGCAGCAAUCCGUGGAAGUCAGCGUUGUUCCUGUUGAACACAAUAACACUGUAUUGGACUUACUAAAGGAUCCAUAUUUCUUGCUUUUGGGGUUGACAACGUUCAUUUGCCUCGGGUCGUGUGAGAUGGUUAUCAGCAACAUCGGUUCGAUAGUCGUUUCUAUGCCUUCUACAUCUCCCGUUCCUGCAUCCCUUCCGAGCGAUGCUGCUUCUUCUGUUACCGCAACGCAAGUUCGUUUGUUAUCACUCGCAAACACGAUCUCGCGUUUGUUUGUUGGUCCUCUUGCGGAUUUCGUGUCUCCCGUGGCGUCAUACCUUCCUUGCGGAACAAUCUAUUUUGCCCGCAAGCACCUUGUCAGCCGUGUUGCUUUUACCUUUGCUGCAAGCGCACUGCUCGCGUUGACAUUCGGCUGGAUGGAGUUCGGUGUAUCUAGCAGAGAAGGACUUUGGGCAGUGAGUAUAGGCACGGGUAUCGCGUAUGGCGGGUUCUUCACCGCCCUGCCCGGCAUUGUGUCGGGAGUUUGGGGCCUUUCUAACCUAGGGAGAAACUUUGGUGUCAUUACAUAUGCGCCCUUCCUCGGCACGCCAGCAUUCUCAUACCUUUAUGCGUUUGUCGCGGCCUCGCACAGCGACGGGAGCGGUGUGUGCACUGGACCUGAGUGCUGGCGGCUCACGUUUGCAAUUGCGAUUGUUUCGGCAGUGAUUAGCAUGGCGUCAAGUGUUAUAUUAUGGAGGCGUUGGAGUGGACGUAUAUGAAGCGCAUUGAUAUCCGAUAUCGCCAGCAUUUUCCGCUGUUCAUGGCCCUGCAGCUACAAUUAUAUAUUUAUCUAGAGGAGACCUCAACCAUACUGUACUACUAACUUGAUACUCCAUGUAUGCAUUCAUCUGUACUAUUAUAAUAAAUAGAGCGCAUGAACC